CUAAUCUUAAACAUUUUUUCAUAUCUCUUCUCCAAUUCUUCCUAAAUCCUAUUCUUAACUCUCUACUCUCUAAUUCUCUUAUUCUCCAUUCUCCAAUAUAUUAUAUUUAUUAUUUAUAGUUUAUAUUAAUUAUCUACUUAUAUAAACUAUAAAUAGAUAUAAAUAGUAUUAUAUUACUUAUAUUUGUUAUCUAAUUAUAUAUUACUUAUAUAUUUAUUAUAUCUAUUAAUAUAGUUGGAAUUAUAUCUAAUUAAUUUGAAGUCAUUCUAUUACUCCCAUCCGAAAGACCGAAAGUCCGAAAGAGAUGGAUCGUCCUAGAUAUUCGGUUGAUAUGGGUAACCUCGAGCGCAACCGAACGAACGAGCUUGCGAGGAAGAGACCCCGCAAAGGUAAAUCACAUCUCGGCUCUUCAUCUCAAAGUCAAGAUGAUUUUGAUACGGGUUACGUAAGGAGGGAUGGGGAUGCGAUGACCGACGAACAACUAGAACAAGAAUUGCACCGACAUAAUUCCCGCUUUUUUCAAGACCAACCGAGGACCAUUGACGAAGAAGAGCUCGAGGACGAGGACGACGAUGUGGAGGAAGCAAUUCCGGAGAGCCACGACGACGAGGAGGAGGAGGGUGGCGGCAGCCAUGACGCCGACCAAGCAGCCUCAUCCCAAACAGGAAGGGCUGGGUUCGGUUCGGGACCCGAACCGAUUUAGUAUAAACCCGAACCGAAUCGAUAUUUCGGUUUACUAAAUUACAAAAACCGAAACCGAACCGUAUUAAGAACGGGUACCGAUUUUUGGGGCCCGAAUUAUUCGGUUCAGUUUACCGGGAACCGAAAAACCAACUCAAUUUUAAAAAAUAAAUUUGAACUAAUAUUCAGUAGACUAAAGCUCAUUGGAACUUUCCAAUAUUUGAGCCCCAUUAGCCCAAUUGGAAGCCUAGAACGUAUCUUAGCAGCCUACAAUAAGGGAACCUGGUUUAUAUUGAAGUUUUUGGAGUAGUAAGCUGCUCAUUUUCCGGUGUGGGACAGAAUAGAAGAAGAAAGAAGCCAAAUUCUAAAAAUACAAAAGCAUUACACAGCAUACGGGAAACGAUCCCUCGACCAUUUGUUGGGGAUAGGAGCACAACGACCAACUCCGCUACUCGUCAUCUUUGUUCAAACCAUACUCGGCUUUAUAUUAUUACUAUAUGUUUCGUCAUUAAUUAUUAUUAUUAUUAUAAAUAACAAUUAUUAUUAUUAAUAUAAAAAUGUCGGUUCGGUUCGGUUCGAACCGAUAUUUUGUGCACAUAAACCGAACCCGAACCGAUUUUUUUUCGGGUCCCGAUUAUUGGGUCCCAAUUUCGUUCGGUUCGGUCCGGUUCAGUUUUUUUCUAAAACGGUUCGGUUAUUUUCGGUUCGGUUUUCGGUUUUUCGUUUCAAAAUGCCAGCCCUACAAACAUGUACAAAAAAAAGUAAAUAUGAAUUAAUGGCUAAUAAUUUUUCUAAGUGGAAGGACCCGAACACCGGGAAUUGGACCGCAACUUGCAAUUGGUGCAAGAAAAACUAUAGCUUGGGGAUUUCCGGCGGAUACGGAUCCGCCACAAGACACCUUAAGUCCAAACACCCGGUGGAGUAUGCAAAAUUAGGCGGCGGAACGGGGAAACAAACGCAAAUAUCGAGGUUUGCAAAUAACCAACAAGCUUUUGGUAAUUUCUCAUACAAUGAUGCACAAAAUUUGACAGGUAUGGCUAACUUACUUGUUGAAGAAAAUUUGCCUUAUUUGUUUUCUGAAAGUCUUGCUUUUCGUGAUUAUGCACAAACUUGUUUAAAUCCGCAAUAUAGAGGUUAUAGUCGCAAAACGGUUAAGAAAGAAAUUUCAAGGCUUUAUGGUGCGGAAAAGGUAAGGUUACAAAAUUAUUUUGCAAACUUUGAUGGACGUGUUACUGUAUGUUCUGAUAUAUGGGAGGAUACUUAUCAUAAUUUACAUAUUCCGCAUAUUUAUGGUAUUGCAUUUGUUCUCGAUCCUCGUUUUAGACUUGGUUCUUUAGAAGAAUGUUUGAAUUAUUAUUAUGCUGCUUUUUUUGGUCCAUUGCCAAUGUAUGAGGACAACCCAAUUGAUCCGAAAAAAGAAUACAACGAGAUUAGUGAUAUAUUUUAUGCAUUAUUCAAUGAGUUUCAUGCACAAUAUGGCAAUGCGCCCCCUCCCCCGACACAAACAUCAUCUAAAGGAAAAUCAAAUUUUCAAAUCUACGUUUGCCAAUCUUAUUAAAAAAACAAAAUCAACUCCCGCUACACAACAAAACACAAUUAAUGAGAUUUCUUUGUAUUUAACUUAUGAUGUUGAUUUUGAAGAAGAUGAUGAUUUUGACAUACUAAACUGGUGGAAGGGAAAAGAAAGAGUGUUCCCGGUUUUAGCAAAGAUGGCUAAGCAAGUGCUAUCAAUGCCGGUUUCAACGGUUGCCGUGGAACAAGAAUUUAGUUCGGCCGGCAAUGUUCUAACACAAACCAGAACGAGGUUGAGCGCUGAAUCUCUUGAGAUGCUUAUAUGCUACCACGAUUGGUUGAAAGCAGCACGUAGAGCUCAACAAAUUGACAUCACUCCAUCACAACACUUUAUGGAUGAAUCUACAGAGGGUGGCUCUACUUAUGCCGGAGAUUCCGAUUAAAAACAAUUAUAGUUCCUAUUUAAUUUUCAAAUGUAGUUCCUAUUUCAUUUCAAAUAAAUGCACUUGAAGUUUGUUUUUUAAUACUUGUAUAAAACUAUAAAGUAUAAAAUAUAAAUUUAAAAAAAAAAAAAAA